ACCAUGGUGAAACUGCCAGUUGUUCUUUUGUGCAUUGGGUACUUUCUGUUAACUGUUGCAGAAAAGCUAGAUAGGCUAAAAAAAAAAAGGAAACAAGAUGUUUUAAACUCUUUAACGUUUGUGUUCCUUUUGAUAGACAAUGGCGAUUUUGACUUAAAAGAUGCUCUUGACCCAAAUGGUAAGAAGCCUUCUGAACCAACCAAAAAGCCACCAGGGGGUAACAGACCUCGACCUCCCUUAUAUCCUGAUCUUAGACCAUAUUCAGAUAAUAAUGGAAACGGUGGAAAUUCCCUUAAUGGUGGCGGCGGUGGCAACAUUGGUACUGGUUCAUUUAGUGACUUAGAUCUCAACGAUGGGAAACAUUUACCCCCAUACCCAGCAGGCGAGGAUGAGCAAAAUUCAGGUCACGGAAAUACUGGAAAAGUGAUAUUCAUAACAGAUUUUUCCCCUUCCUUAGUUGACUCCACUACGACAGCUCAGAUUACGUCUCCUGUUGUUGCUGUAGCUGUGCUGUUGACUUUUGGGGCCAUAGCUGGCUACAGUGCUUAUAAGCAGAAAAGAUACUGUUUUAAACCAAGAGGUAAGACUGAUUGUAGUAUGUGUUAUAAUAUCUCAGUAAAAUCAAUGCUGGAUGCAGCAGCUUGGAUAAGACUUGAGGAUGUCUUCAUUAUGCAUGGGUCAUGCUGUAUUAGGACCUGUCUUUUCUCACAAUUAGGGAAGAUUAUUGUAUCUCCAGUGGAUCAAUCAAUCAUUUUUAGUGAGUCUGACACUUAUGAUGGAGGGGAUGAAAGAAAAUAA